GGAUUUCAGAGUUCAGACUUCGGAUUUCAGACUUCAGAGUUCAGAGUUCAGACUUCGGAUUUCAGACUUCAGAGUUCAGAGUUCAGACUUCGGAUUUCAGACUUCGGAUUUCAGACUUCAGAUUUCAGAGUUCAGAGUUCGGAUUUCAGACUUCAAAGUUCAGAGUUCAGACUUCGGAGUUCGGAUUUCAGACUUCAGACUUCAGAUUUCAGAGUUCAGACUUUAGACAUAAUAAAAAUCCACGUCAUUACACGUCAUUUCCGCUCUUUCAGUUCAGUGAUUAGUACGCCAUGGGAAAGGGCAUGUAUUCUUGGAUGUUAUUGAUCUUUAUACUAUGGUCUUGUUCUAUUGUCGAUCCAGUACUUGCUGUGUUGCCAGUUGACAAGCAAAGAACUCAGGUGUUUCAAGUAAAGUUGGAUCUAAUACAGCAUUACUUCUGUCGUGGAUACAAGUACAAGGAAAUUUUAGCUACACUUUCGGUCAUUCAUGGAAUAAGAAUAAGUUAUAGACAAUUAAAACGACUGUUAAAGCGAAUGAGCUUAUUUAGAAGAGGUCCAGAGUCUCAAAUUGAAACGAUUAUAAGUGCCAUUUUAAAAGAAAUAUCUGGAGGUGGUCGAUGUUUGGGUUAUAAGACUAUGUGGUGGCGGCUUAAAGAUUUCUAUGGAUUACAUGUACGUAGAAAAACUGUUCUUCGUUUGAUGUGGAUAGCGGACCCAGAAGGUAUGCAGAGACGAAAGGCCAAGCGUCUACUUCGUCGCCAAUACUCAUGUCCUGGUCCUGACUUUAUCUGGCACAUCGACGGAUAUGAUAAAAUUAAACCCUUCGGAUUUGCAAUUCACGGGCAGUAG